AUGGACAAGGUCACUAACGUCCGUAACAUGUCGGUUAUCGCCCACGUCGAUCACGGUAAAUCUACUUUGACCGAUUCUCUUGUCCAACGUGCCGGUAUUAUUUCCGCUGCCAAGGCCGGUGAAGCUCGUUUCACUGAUACCAGAAAGGAUGAGCAAGAGCGUGGUAUUACUAUCAAGUCUACUGCCAUUUCUCUUUACGGUGAGAUGACUGAGGAGGAUACUAAGGAGAUCAAGCAAAAGACUCAAGGUACCGAGUUCUUGGUCAACUUGAUCGAUUCGCCCGGUCACGUUGAUUUCUCUUCAGAAGUCACUGCUGCUUUGCGUGUUACCGAUGGUGCUUUGGUUGUCGUCGACACUGUUGAGGGUGUUUGUGUUCAAACCGAGACCGUUUUGAGACAAGCUCUUGCCGAGCGUAUCAAGCCUGUUGUUGUUAUUAACAAGGUUGAUCGUGCUUUGCUCGAGUUGCAAACCACCAAGGAGGAUUUGUACCAAUCUUUUGCCAGAACUGUCGAGUCUGUUAACGUCGUUAUCUCUACUUACUUUGACAAGUCUCUUGGUGAUGUCCAAGUUUACCCUGAGAAGGGUACUGUUGCCUUUGCCUCUGGUUUGCACGGAUGGGCUUUCACCAUCCGUCAAUUCGCCAUCCGUUACUCCAAGAAGUUCGGUGUUGACAGAGAAAAGAUGAUGGAGAGAUUGUGGGGAGACUCGUUCUUCAACCCCAAGACCAAGAAGUGGACCAACAAGGAGAAGGAUGCUGAUGGAAAGGUUCUUGAGCGUGCUUUCAACAUGUUUGUUUUGGAUCCUAUUUUCAAGAUCUUCAAUGCUAUCAUGAACUACAAGAAGGAGGAGAUCCCCGUUUUGCUCGAGAAGCUUGAGAUUAACCUCAAGUCGGACGAGAAGGAGCUCGAGGGUAAGGCUCUUCUUAAGAUUGUCAUGAGAAAGUUCUUGCCUGCUGCUGAUGCUCUUAUGGAGAUGAUUGUUAUCCACUUGCCUUCUCCUGUCACUGCUCAAGCUUACCGUGCUGAGACUCUUUACGAGGGUCCUUCUGACGACCCAGCUUGUCUUGCUAUCAAGGAGUGUGAUCCUAAAUCCGACCUCAUGCUCUACGUCUCCAAGAUGGUCCCCACCUCUGAUAAGGGUCGUUUCUACGCUUUCGGCCGUGUUUUCGCCGGUACCGUCCGUUCGGGUCAAAAGGUCCGUAUUCAAGGACCUAACUACAUUCCUGGUAAGAAGGAUGAUUUGUUCAUCAAGGCCAUUCAACGUACUGUUUUGAUGAUGGGACGUUUUGUCGAGCCUAUUGAUGACGUUCCUGCCGGUAACAUUGUCGGUUUGGUCGGUGUUGACCAGUUCUUGCUCAAGUCUGGUACUUUGACCACUUACGAGAACGCCCACAACUUGAAGGUCAUGAAGUUCUCUGUCUCUCCUGUCGUUCAAGUCGCUGUUGAUGUCAAGAACGCCAACGAUUUGCCCAAGCUUGUCGAGGGUCUUAAGCGUUUGUCCAAGUCUGAUCCUUGUGUUCUUACUACCAUGUCUGAGUCUGGUGAGCACAUUGUCGCCUGUACUGGUGAGUUGCACUUGGAGAUUUGUUUGAAGGAUCUUGAGGAAGACCACGCCGGUAUUCCCUUGAAGAUCUCUCCUCCUGUCGUUUCUUACCGUGAGACUGUUGAGGCUGAGUCGUCUAUGACUGCUCUUUCCAAGUCUCCUAACAAGCACAACCGUAUCUACGUCAAGGCCCAACCCAUUGAUGAGGAGCUUGCUUUGGCCAUUGAGAACGGUACUGUUAACCCCAGAGACGAUUUCAAGGUCCGUGCCCGUAUCAUGGCCGACGACUACGGUUGGGAUGUCACUGAUGCCCGUAAGAUCUGGUGUUUCGGACCUGACGGUUCCGGUGCUAACUUGGUUGUCGACCAAACCAAGGCCGUUCAAUACUUGCACGAAAUCAAGGACUCUGUUGUCGCUGCCUUCCAAUGGGCUACUAAGGAGGGUCCUAUCUUCGGUGAGAACAUGCGUGCUGUCCGUGUCAACAUUUUGGACGUCACUCUCCACCCUGAUGCUAUCCACAGAGGAGGUGGUCAACUUAUCCCCACCAUGAGACGUGUCACUUACGCCGCCACUCUUUUGGCCGAGCCCCGUAUCCAAGAGCCCGUCUUCCUUGUCGAGAUCCAAUGUCCUGAGAAUGCCAUUGGUGGUAUCUACUCUGUUCUUAACAAGAAGCGUGGUCAAGUUCUUUCUGAGGAGCAACGUCCUGGUACCCCUCUUUUCACCGUCAAGGCACACUUGCCCGUUAACGAGUCGUUCGGUUUCACCGGUGAGCUCAGACAAGCCACUGGUGGUCAAGCCUUCCCUCAGAUGGUCUUCGACCACUGGCAAGUCAUGGGUGGUGACCCACUCGACCCCUCUUCCAAGCCCGGUCAAAUCGUUGCCGAUGCCCGUACUCGUCGUGGUAUGAAGCAAGAGGUCCCCGGUUACGAGGAGUACUACGACAAGCUCUAA